AUGAGUGCCAACCCACAGUGGGAUAUCAGCAAGGCCUUGAUGGUGGCCCGGUUCUUCCACCUUCUGUGUGGUGCCAGAGAUGCUUGUGUGACCCCCUUCCUGACUCUCUACCUGAGGCAGAUGGGCCUUAUUGCCCCCUGGGUAGGUAUCUUAAUGGGUACUAAGCACUUGAUUGCCACCACCUGGGCCCCAGUAUGUUCCUUCCUGGCCAAGAACUAUCAGAAGAGGCAGCUACUUCUGAUAGUGUCGCUGCUGGGUUCAGCGGCUGCUGGUCUGCUUCUGACCCUCAUAAGUCCCCUAGACAAGGCUUUGGUGUAUCAGUACUGUAAUGGCAGCAGCAGCCUGAUGCUUCCUAUCAGCACAAUCUUUGAAAAAGAAUUGGCUCCAAACCAUUCAUCUGGGAUAAAGAACUUUACAAUAAGAGUCAGGAGCCCGGGGCAAGAGUUGGUCUCUGGCUUCUUCAUUAGACCUCUCAGAAAUAACCAAGAAACUGUCCUUACAAAGGAACAAUUCACAGCUCUGUCUGCUCUUCCAGGAGCCUACUUUGAGAAAGCUAGGAUAACAGUCCAGGCCACUGCCCCUCUGAUGAACAAAGAGCGUGAAAUGGAAACCUCCCCCAGGAAGACAAAAAGGAGUCUAGUAAAUUCAAGAGUGAUGAUGGGUAAAGGAAACCUCCAGAAUAUCAUGUUUGAAACAACAGACUCUAGUCUACCUCUGCUUCAUGUGGACUCUGAACUAGAAACUCCAGAUACUCUGGUGAAUCUGUCACUUGCUGAGAGGACAAGAGCUCAGGACAGGAACUUGGCCCUCUCCUUAGGAGAGCACUGGCUCUUUCUUCUUUUUAUGAUGGCAGUGAUGUUCUGGGAACUUUUGUCAGCCCCUCUGGGGCCUGCUGCUGCUGAUAGCCUCUAUGAAUAUUUGGAUUUUGUAGAUGCCACUUACUGCUACAGAAGGCUUUGGGUUUGGAGAUUGCUGGGCAUGUCUAUAGGAGUGUGCAGUGUCCCAGUCUUGGUGGUUCAACUCAACUGUUUCCUGGCAGAGGACACUCCAAGAGCAGCAGUACACUUCUAUGGCUACACUGCAUUCAGUAUACUGGCCUUGCCUGUCUGCUUUGCUAUUCCUAUUCCUAACUUCAAGAGGAGGGAGCCUGGCCACAAAGCCAUCAAAGCACUGAGCCUCAUUGGAAGCGACUGCCUCCUUUUUCUAUUGGCUGUCACAGUUUUCUUGACUGGGGCUACAGUGGCUAACAUAGAGAAUUUCCUCUUCUGGCAGAUGCAAGACCAAGGCAGCAGUGAGUUGAGCAUGGGGCUUUCUGUCACCCUCAGCUUGGUGGGUGAGAUUCUAUUGCAUCCCUUCAAAGCUAAAAUACUUAAGAAUCUGUCUAGUUUGGGUACCCUGGGGCUGGGGCUGGGCUGCCUCUCUGGGCAGCUUCUCUAUUACUCUUUACUUUGGAACUGGUGGGCAAUAUUUCCUGCUCAAAUAUUUGGUGCCAUCAGUAAUGCGGCCCUGUGGUGGGCAGUGGAGGCAUUAGUGGAAGACCUGGUGAUUCCUGGCACAGAAAGGUCUCUGAGUGUGAUGUUGAGAGGCCUCUUUUAUGGGAAUGGGGCAAGCCUGGGAAGCUUUAUAGGGGGCUUUGUGGUGCUUCACUACAACCUGGCUGUUCUAUAUAAAACUCACUGUGUAGUUCUGACCCUUUGGUUAGUUUUAUUCAUGGCUAUCCAGUUAAAGCUUUCCCAACAUAGAAAAAUCAAUUACUCAAAGCUAUUGGCCAUGGAUACUGCUGAUGCCAGUGAUUCUGAGGAAGGGGCUGAACGAGACUGGCUUAUAAAAGCUAUGAGGGAUGAACAUUUUACAGGAAGGGCUGAAAACAAAUAUUAA